AGAGGAUAUAUAAAAAUGUAUUUAUGGUAUUUCAGGUCUGAAGACUUGCGUCGUGAAUUUGGUCGUUAUGGGCCUAUAGUAGAUGUGUACGUUCCACUUGAUUUCUACACUCGGCGUCCAAGAGGAUUUGCUUACGUUCAAUUUGAAGAUGUCCGUGAUGCUGAAGAUGCCCUGCAUAAUUUGGAUCGGAAGUGGAUUUGUGGCCGUCAGAUAGAAAUCCAGUUUGCGCAGGGUGAUCGGAAAACUCCAAAUCAAAUGAAAGCCAAGGAAGGGAGAAAUGUGUACAGUUCUUCUCGUUACGAUGACUAUGACCGAUAUAGGCGAUCUAGAAGCCGGAGUUAUGAAAGGAGGCGGUCUAGAAGUCGUUCUUUUGAUUACAACUAUAGAAGAUCUUAUAGUCCUAGAAACAGUAGACCUACUGGAAGACCUCGGCGUAGCAGGAGCCGUUCGGACAAUGAUAGGUUCAAACACCGCAAUCGAUCUUUUUCAAGAUCUAAGUCCAAUUCAAGAUCACGAUCCAAGUCACAGCCCAAGAAAGAAAUGAAGGCUAAAUCACGUUCUAGGUCUGCAUCUCACACCAAAUCUAGAGGCACCUCUAAAACAGAUCCUAAAACACAGUAUAAAUCCAGCUCAAGAUAUGAAAAGGAACCAAGAAAAAAAGAACCAGCUAGAUCCAAAUCUCAGUCAAGAUCACACUCUAGAUCUAGGUCAAAAUCCAGAUCAAGGUCAUGGACUAGUCCCAAGUCCAGUGGCCACUAACCGUGUAACCAUCUUGUUUUUAGGCAUGAAUCAUUCAUUACACACAGUUCAGUUAAAUUAUCAGGAAUAUGAUGUUGCAGCAGUGCUAAAAAGAACUUUUUGUCAGUUUUCCCUGUAGCAGGCAAUGGUUAUAAUUAAAGUUACAGUGUUGAGAAGCCACUGAGAGUCUACUUUGUGAAAUGUCAUGGGCAGCUGUUGAUUUGAUUGUGGUGUCUCUAUGUAUAUUUUUGUAAAGAUUUGCAUUUUUGAUGCUUAAAAUAUUGGUGAUAUCUUGACCAUAAUUUGCAACAUUGUCCUAUUAAAAAUUUCACAUCCACUGAGAAAUUGGUACAAA